GUAAUUAAUAAUACAUUUCUCAGAAACUUUCGCUAUGGACACUUCCAUGACCGCAAAAGACGUCCGAAACGCCUACAUCAACUUCUUUAAAGAAAAAAAUCACCAAUAUGUCCACUCCUCCUCGACAAUUCCACUGGACGAUCCAACUCUACUUUUUACAAACGCCGGUAUGAACCAAUUCAAACCCAUCUUCCUGGGUACUGUCGACCCCAACAGCGACCUAUCCAAACUCACCAGAGCCGUCAACUCCCAGAAAUGCAUCCGUGCCGGGGGCAAACACAACGACUUAGACGACGUGGGCAAAGACGUCUACCAUCACACGUUUUUCGAAAUGAUGGGCAACUGGUCCUUUGGUGACUACUUCAAAAAGGAAAUUUGUGCAUGGGCUUGGGAGUUGCUCACCCAGCGCCUACACCUACCACCUGAGCGCUUGUACGUCACUUACUUCGGAGGGGAUAAAGCCGCCGGUUUAGACCCCGACAACGAAUGCAAGCAGAUUUGGCUGGAUUUAGGCGUCCCAGUGACUCAUGUUAUCCCUGGUAGCAUGAAGGACAACUUCUGGGAAAUGGGCGAAACGGGACCUUGCGGUCCCUGCUCUGAGCUACACUUUGACAGGAUUGGUGGACGCGAGGUUCCAGAGCUCGUCAAUCAGGACGAUCCCGACGUGCUAGAAAUCUGGAAUCUCGUGUUCAUCCAGUUCAAUCGCGAAAGCGACGGAAGUUUGAAGUCUUUGCCCAAAAAACACAUUGAUUGUGGGUUGGGUUUGGAACGUCUGGUGUCAGUAAUGCAGAAUAAACGCUCGAAUUAUGACACUGAUUUGUUCUUGCCUUUGUUUGAUGCGAUUCAGAAGGGGACAGGGGCGCCGGCUUAUGGUGGUAAAAUCGGGGACGACGAUAAGGAUGGCGUUGAUAUGGCGUACCGAGUGCUGGCCGAUCACGCACGGACUUUGACGAUCGCGUUGUCGGAUGGAGGUAACCCUGACAAUACUGGAAGAGGGUACGUGUUGAGGAGGAUUUUGAGACGUGGUGUCAGAUACGCCACUGAGAAAUUGAAUGCUAAACCCGGGUUUUUCGCCACUCUUGUCAACACAGUAGUGGAGAUUUUGGGCGAUAUUUUUCCAGAAGUGCGUAAAGACCCACAAAGUAUUAUUGAUACUAUUAAUGAAGAGGAGGAGCAGUUUUUGAAGACGUUGUCCCGAGGGAGGAAUUUGUUGAAUAGGACUAUUCACAAGUUGGGUGAUUCCAAAACUCUGCCUGGGGAUGUCGCUUGGCGUCUGUAUGAUACGUACGGUUUCCCGGUUGAUUUGACCCAAUUAAUGGCUGAAGAAAAGGGGCUCAGUGUGGAUAUGGGGGUGUACGAGGAGUCGAAAAAACAAGCACAAAUCGCUUCACAGGGUAAAGGAACAGGCGUCGAGGACACCAUCAACUUAGACGUGCAUGCAAUCACAGAGCUCCAAAACCUGGGCGUGCCCCCCACCGACGACUCCCCCAAAUACAACUACACCGCAGGAAAUGGCAUCAACGAAGACUACAAAUUCGAAUCCUGUGACGCCACUGUCAUCGCCCUGCGUCACAACAAACAAUUCGUCGACCAGGUCCACACAGGCCAAGAAUGCGGCAUCCUCCUCGACAAAACAAACUUCUACGCCGAACAAGGUGGCCAGAUCUACGACACCGGCUACAUCGUCAAAGCGGGUGACGACAGCGUCGAAUUCUCCGUUAAAAAUGUCCAAGUGAGAGGGGGAUACGUAAUCCAUAUUGGUAGCCUUGAGGGUACUCUGAGUAAGGGCGAUAAAGUGUCUUUGCAUCUGGAUGUUUCCAGGAGACGCUUAGUUAUGAAUAACCACACAGGUACCCACGUUUUGAACUACGCUUUGCGGAAAGUACUAGGAACGGAGGCGGACCAAAGAGGUUCUUUGGUGGCUCCUGAUCGACUCAGGUUCGAUUUUACCAACAAAGGAGCGAUGAAUGCGGAUCAAGUGAAGAACACUGAGCUGAGUUCUAGAGAGUUGAUCGCGAAGAACGACAAAGUGUAUGCGAAAGAGGCUAAUUUAGCAGUGGCGAAGACCAUCCGGGGUUUGCGGGCUGUUUUUGAGGAGACUUAUCCCGAUCCUGUGAGGAUAGUUUCAGUGGGGAUUCCGGUUGAGGAUUUAGAGAAGGAUCCGUUCGGUCCGGCCGGUGACAGUACUUCCAUCGAGUUCUGCGGCGGCACUCACCUCAACUACGCUGGACAUAUAGGUGACUUUGUGAUAGCCAGUGAAGAAGCAAUCGCUAAAGGCAUUAGAAGAAUCGUUGCUUUGACAGGUCCUGAAGCAACCAAAGCUUUGAAACGUAACGAAUUUUUAGAAAAUUGUCUGAAUGAGAUUAAAUCGUUGGUGGCUGAGGACAAGGACGGUACUAAGUCCAAAGAACUGGUUAAGAAAAUCGUGGAAUUGACGGAAGAGGUUUCACAUGCGGUUAUCCCGUAUUGGAAAAAAGACGAAAUUAGGAAUGCGUUGAAAGCACUGAAAAAGAAGUUGGAUGAUAAAGAGCGUGCUGCUAAAGCUGCUGUUGCCAAUUUGGUGGUGGAUCAAAUCAAGGAAUUUGUUAAAGCUAACCCGAAUUUACCGGUUUUGGUGAAAGAACUGAAAGCUUUUUCGAACACGAAAGCUCUGGAUACCGCCUUGAAACAAGUGAGGAGUUUGAGUCCGCCCACUUCUGCGUUGUUUGUUACUGUUGAUCCCGACUCCAACAAGAUAUUUUGUUUAGCGUCUGUUCCGAAAGAUGCCAUAGACAAAGGCUUGAAAGCGAACGAGUGGGUGCAAAUUAUUGCUACCAAGUUAGGUGGGAAGGGUGGGGGUAAACCUGACUCCGCCCAAGCUUCUGGAAGCAAUAGCGUCAAUGUUGACGAAAUUCUGGAUUUAGCUAAGAAAUUCGCCGAAUCCAAGCUUUAAUGAUAAUUUGCCAUUUCAUAGCAAGGGACAUGGUUUUAAAUUAUUAAUCACUUUUUUAUUAAUAAACAAUACAAUCAA